AUGCACUUCGCUACUUUGACCAAGACCGUUCUGGCCGGCAUUGCUCUUCACGCAGGCACAGCGACUGCCAUCUUUGAGUGCAAUGCGGAUCAGCAUGCUUUCGAACCCACGAAAGACAAGUUCGUGGUACACUACACCUCUAUUCGCGACUCGAACUACGAUGACGGUCAACCUUGGGUUCGCAUUUGCAAGCCCAAGGGUGAUCUCAGCGGCUGGAACAACGUCGACCCCCUGAAGACCCCUUGUAAAAGCGAUCCAGCAACACACUUGUCUACCAAACAGACCGGUCUCAGGAACGAGCUGAUCGUGACGAACGGCGAAGGAUGCGACAGUGGUAGUGGUCACGGCCUCAAUGGCGCAUCAAUGGUUUACAAUGACCAAGUAGCCGUUCUAGAGGGCUCUAACGGUCGAUGCGGACCUCGAGAUCAUGGAGUCACUUGCGAGUUCAAUCUCUAG